AUGGCAAAGUCACUACGUUCAAAGGUGAAGCGGGCAUUUCGCACUAAAAAACGCACAGAAGGCGUAUACGCGGCAACGGACGCCGCUCGUCUCAACAGGUUAAAUGCUAAACUCGCUGGUGUUAUCAACAAGCAGCAUAAGGAAGGCAGUGAGGUCGAUGAUGGUCUCGAAACAUCAAAACUAGAUGGCCAAGGUAACCCAGCACUCUGUGCUACACCUCAUGGAGAUACGAUGGAUCUGGACGGGUCAGAACAGGCACAAACGAAUCCAGAGGCAUCUAAUCAUGUUUCCACUCACGGUCCCCGUGGUUCACGGCGGGAAGAAUGGCGGAAAUCAAAGGGAAUGGAUCCCGUACCAAAACGAAAGGGCAUGAAUCGCCAGGGGGAGUUGGCAGCACGGAGGAGAGCCGGGAGACCUUCACGGCGGAGAUGA